UGAAUGCCAUAGUCUCUAUGUACUCAGAGUAUUUUUAUUAAAGAAGAUAAAGAGCCCAGCAUAGAUUUUAUCAUCAUCUUCACCAAACUGCAAAGUCAAAAGUUAAGCAACAGCAUCUAAGGGCACUUUUUAGGUGGGAAAGAAUCUAGAGGAUGGCUCUGAAUGACUGUUUGCUUCUAAACUUGGAAGUGGACCAUUUCGUACACUGCAACAUCUCUAAUCACAGUGUGGAUCUCCCCAUGAACGACGACUGGUUCCACCCGGGGGUCCUGUAUGUCAUCCCUGCAAUUUAUGGGGUCAUCAUUCUGAUAGGCCUCGUUGGCAACAUCACCCUGAUCAAGAUCUUCUGUACCGUGAAGUCCAUGCGAAAUGUACCGAACCUAUUCAUCUCCAGCCUGGCUUUGGGAGACCUGCUCCUCCUGGUAACCUGUGCGCCCGUAGAUGCCAGCAGGUACCUGGCCGACAGAUGGCUGUUUGGCAGGAUUGGUUGCAAACUGAUCCCUUUUAUCCAGCUUACCUCAGUAGGGGUGUCUGUCUUCACACUCACAGCUCUCUCAGCAGACAGGUACAAAGCCAUCGUCCGGCCAAUGGAUAUCCAGGGCUCUCAUGCCCUGAUGAAGAUCUGCCUCAAAGCUGCACUGAUCUGGAUCAUCUCCAUGUUUCUGGCCAUCCCAGAGGCUGUGUUUUCUGACCUACAUCCCUUCCACGAGGAAAGCACCAACCAGACCUUCAUUAGCUGUGCCCCGUACCCACACUCUAAUGAGCUGCACCCCAAAAUCCACUCCAUGGCUUCCUUCCUGGUCUUCUACAUCAUCCCGCUGUCGAUCAUCUCUGUUUACUACUACUUCAUUGCCAAAAAUCUGAUCCAGAGUGCAUACAACCUACCCGUGGAAGGGAAUAUACACGUCAAGAAGCAGAUCGAAUCCCGGAAGCGCCUGGCCAAGACAGUGCUGGUGUUUGUGGGCCUCUUCGCCUUCUGCUGGCUCCCCAACCACGUCAUCUACCUGUACCGCUCCUACCACUACUCCGAGGUGGACACCUCCAUGCUCCACUUCGUCACCAGCAUCUGCGCCCGCCUCCUGGCCUUCACCAACUCCUGCGUGAACCCCUUUGCCCUCUACCUGCUGAGCAAGAGUUUCAGGAAACAGUUCAACACCCAGCUCCUCUGUUGCCGGCCCAGCCUGAUGACCCGGUCUCACAGCACCGGCAGAAGCACCACCUGCAUGACCUCCUUCAAGAGCACCACCCCCUCCGCGGCCACCUUCAGCCUCAUCAACGGAAACAUCUGUCACGAGGGGUACGUCUAGACUGACCCUUGACCCUGCCCCCCUAGGGACUCCUGGUUUUGCUUUAUGGCUGGUAAGGAACCCUCGCCUCUGUUGUUGUCUCGGUACCCUCCGAAGACCCUUUGGCAGGCUCAUGAGUGAUGUGGGUGGGUUGGGGAGAGGCCCAAAUGGGUCACCAUUAUGUUUGAAAGGCCCAUCAAGG